AUGAAAAGAUGGAUUAUAACAUUAAAUUUAUUAUUUUAUAUUACAUUCUUAAAUCAAUGGAAUUUUGCAGAAUCUCAGACAGUAAAUGGUGAUUCUACAACACCAGAUUCUGAUGGGUCAACUCCAGUUAAUUCAGUAGAUCCUACUGGUACCAGUGCAGGUCAGGCAAGUCAGUCACCAAUCACUGAAUCACAACCAAAAUCAAGUUCAUCUGUAACUGAUCAAUCCAGUACUGAAGGUACUCCUACUGAUACUACACCAACUUCAGCAGUCAACAAGGUCACCCUUGACCUCAAUGCUAGUCAGUCUACCACUGAAUUCGACUACACAGAUGAGAACGGUCUAGUUACAUUCACACCUAAGGCUGACCAUGUGUUCAACAAGAUAAUUGAUGGUACAAAGGAUGUUUGGAAAUCCAAGAAUAAUGUCAAUGGUACAUUGGUUAGGACAAAGACUGUGGAUAAUAAGAAAUACCUUGCCAUACUGUUGAAUAAUAAUAUGUUCAAACUGUUAAAAGAGGAGGAUAAUGAGUGGAACGAUAUCACUAGUCAGACGUCGGAUAUCAAGAAGUUGAAGUUCUUUGGUGAGAAUGAUACUGAGUUAAAGUCUUCGGACUAUACAGUUAUCCUUAUCUAUCUAUCUUAUCAAUACACAUUCAAACCUGGAAUCAACUGUACGAAUAUCAAGUAUGGUGAAGAUGAUGUUUGGAAACAUAGUGAAUAUACUAAAUUUUCAAAAAUCAAGAUAUUUUCAUUGGGACUUAUUACAAAUAGUUUCUUUGUGUUUAAUAAUGAAUUUGAAUCAAAAAAACUGGAUUUUAAACCAACACCCGAACCUGAAGCGAAACCAGAGACUCCAGAACCUGUCACACCUACUCCAGAACCUACACCACCAACUCCAGAACCUACACCACCAACUCCAGAUGAGACUAAACCUGAAACUGAAGAAUCUACUAAACCUCCACAAGAACCUACUCAAUCUACUGAAGAAUCAUCAACACAUCAAUCUACUGAAGAAUCAUCAACACAUCAAUCUACUCAACCUGAAACUCCUGAAGCUAAGGAAUCACAGCCUGAAGCUCCAGAUGAUACUAUUGAACCUAAGGCUACUCCUCCAACUCCAACUCCAACUCCUACUCCUACUCCUACUCCUCACUCUCAACCUACUCCUAGUCCAACAACUGUUGAAGACUCCACCUACUCUGAAGGUACUCCUACUGAUACUACACCUUCACCAACGAAGGUUACUCUUGACCUCAAUGCAACUCAGUCUACUAAUGAGUUCGAAUAUACUAAUAAGAAUUAUGUAAUUACAUUCACUACCAAGGAUAACCAUGUAUUCAGUAAGGUAGUUCAGGGUACCAAUGUUAUCUGGGUGUCCAAGGAUGGUAUCCAUUGUACUUUAGUAAUGUCGAAGACUGUUUAUGGUGUUAAAUUUCUAGCCAUGCUCCUGACUAAUAAUAUGUUCAUACUGUUCAAAGGGUCUGAUGGCUGGCAUGAUGUAACUUCUAAGAGACGUGAUGUUACUAAACUCAAGUUCCUUGUUGAAGAUGAUACUGAACUCUCCACGUCAGACUACCCAGUUACUCUACAAAAUCUAUCCUAUACCAUACUGUUCAACACCAAUAUCACCUGUAAGAAGAUCAUGCUAGGAGACGUUGAAGUUUGGACUCACACUGAUGACACUGAGUUUUCUGAGAUAAAGUCACUUCAGCUAGAUCUUCUAAAUAAUAAAUUCCUCAUCACCAAUCUCCAAGAUCUAACAAAGGAAGUCUCUACCAAGGUCACUCUUGAUAUCAAUAAGUCUAAGGAUACCAAUCAGUUCCAUUACUCUAAGGAUGGUAAUAUUAGAACAUUCACUCCUAAGGAUGACUAUGUGUUUAACAAGAUUGUAAAAACAUACAAAUCUAAUCCUUGUGUUUCAACAUGUUGUGGUAGUACAAGUUGUGGUUCAAUAGAUGAACUGGAGAUAUGGACUUCUCAACCAGAAGAUCACGGUCUCAAGGCAGUGCUCAUGGGUUCUGGUAAAGAUGAGAAAUUCCUGUCCAUUCUGCUGCAAAGUCGUAACUUUGUGCUUCUACAUAAGUCUGGUAAGAAUAAGCCUUGGAAUGAUAUAACUUCUGAGAAGUAUGAUGUUACUAAACUUAGGUUCUUUGGUGACAGUGAUACUCCGCUCUUCAAGUCCUCUGACUUCCAGGUUACUCUACAAGAUCUCUCUUAUACCUACAUAUUCAAUGAAGAUGUUAACUGUAAAAAGGUCAGACAUUCCAAUGAUUUUGUUUGGACUCACACUGAUGAUAAAAGCUUUCAAUCCUUAAAGUCACUUCAGCUGGAUCUUCCAUCAAACCAGUUUAGUGUCACAAAUUCCUCUGACCAGACAAAGGAACUUACCAAAGCUAAGAGAACACUUGUCACUCUUGACCUCAAUGCAACUCAGUCUACUAAUGAGUUCGAAUAUACUAAUAAGAAUUAUGUAAUUACAUUCACUACCAAGGAUAACCAUGUAUUCAGUAAGGUAGUUCAGGGUACCAAUGUUAUCUGGGUGUCCAAGGAUGGUAUCCAUUGUACUUUAGUAAUGUCGAAGACUGUUUAUGGUGUUAAAUUUCUAGCCAUGCUCCUGACUAAUAAUAUGUUCAUACUGUUCAAAGGGUCUGAUGGCUGGCAUGAUGUAACUUCUAAGAGACGUGAUGUUACUAAACUCAAGUUCCUUGUUGAAGAUGAUACUGAACUCUCCACGUCAGACUACCCAGUUACUCUACAAAAUCUAUCCUAUACCAUACUGUUCAACACCAAUAUCACCUGUAAGAAGAUCAUGCUAGGAGACGUUGAAGUUUGGACUCACACUGAUGACACUGAGUUUUCUGAGAUAAAGUCACUUCAGCUAGAUCUUCUAAAUAAUAAAUUCCUCAUCACCAAUCUCCAAGAUCUAACAAAGGAAGUCUCUACCAAGGUCACUCUUGAUAUCAAUAAGUCUAAGGAUACCAAUCAGUUCCAUUACUCUAAGGAUGGUAAUAUUAGAACAUUCACUCCUAAGGAUGACUAUGUGUUUAACAAAAUUGUAAAAACAUACAAAUCUAAUCCUUGUGUUUCAACAUGUGGUGAUCAUACCUGUUGUGGUUCAAUAGAUGAACUUGAUAUAUGGACUGCCAAACCAGAAGAUCACGGUCUCAAGGCAGUGCUCAUGGGUUCUGGUAAAGAUGAGAAAUUCCUGUCCAUUCUGCUGCAAAGUCGUAACUUUGUGCUUCUACAUAAGUCUGGUAAGAAUAAGCCUUGGAAUGAUAUAACUUCUGAGAAGUAUGAUGUUACUAAACUUAGGUUCUUUGGUGACAGUGAUACUCCGCUCUUCAAGUCCUCUGACUUCCAGGUUACUCUACAAGAUCUCUCUUAUACCUACAUAUUCAAUGAAGAUGUUAACUGUUUGAAGAUCACAUACAAUAAUAAUACUCUACUGUGGACACAUACUGAUUAUACUGACUUCUCAGAGAUAAAGUCACUUCAGCUGGAUCUUCCUAAAGACCAGUUUAGUGUCACAAAUUCCUCUGACCAGACAAAGGAACUUACCAAAGCUAAGAGAACACUUGUCACUCUUGACCUCAAUGCAACUCAGUCUACUAAUGAGUUCGAAUAUACUAAUAAGAAUUAUGUAAUUACAUUCACUACCAAGGAUAACCAUGUAUUCAGUAAGGUAGUUCAGGGUACCAAUGUUAUCUGGGUGUCCAAGGAUGGUAUCCAUUGUACUUUAGUAAUGUCGAAGACUGUUUAUGGUGUUAAAUUUCUAGCCAUGCUCCUGACUAAUAAUAUGUUCAUACUGUUCAAAGGGUCUGAUGGCUGGCAUGAUGUAACUUCUAAGAGACGUGAUGUUACUAAACUCAAGUUCCUCGAUGAGAGUGAUACUCAACUCACCAAGACUGAUUACUCAGUGAGAACUGUCUUCCUUUCAUUUAUUUACACAUUCAAUGAUGAUGUCGUCUGUAAGAAGAUAAAGUUAGGAGAUGACGAGGUUUGGAAACAUAGUGACGAUCCUGAUUAUUCAGAAAUCAAGAUAUUUUCAAUAGGUCUUGUAUCAAACAGUUUCUAUGUCUUUAAUAAUAAAAAUAAAUCUAAAAAACUAGACAUCAAGGUAUCAUUGGACAUAAAUGCUAGUCAGUCUACUGAUAAGUUCGAUAUCAGUGAACAUAAUUCUAUCGUAACAUACAGACCCAAGACUGGCUACAAACUCACUAAAGUCUGUGAUGGUAAUACUGAUAUCUGGACAUCCAGUGAUGGUUAUGCUACCCAGGUUAGGAUUGGAUCCUCUGACGAUGCAAAAUACCUUGCUCUCCUACUGGGUGAUGGUACUUUUAAAUUCUUCGAAAAGGAAUCCGAUGACUGGACCGAAAUCUCAGACGAUAAUCUACUUAGAGAGCAUAUUCCUAACUUCCCUGCUAAGUCCCAAACUCAGACUUCAUCUACUACUACUGAAACCAUAGGUACUCCCGCUAUAACAACACUUACCAAGGUGACCCUGGAUAUCGAAAAGACUGAGUCUACUAAUGAGUUUGACUUUAAUGAUCAGAAUGGUGUCGUUACAUUCAAACCUAAGGAUAACCACCUGUUCGAUAAGGUAGUCGAUGGUACCAAAAAUAUCUGGCAAUCCAAAGAUAAUGUCUUUGGUAGAUUAGUGAUGUCGAUGACUAAGGAUGAUGGUAAACAUCUUGCCAUACUACUUACUAAUAAUAUGUUCACACUAUUCAAUGAGAGGAAGACAAUGAGUGGACCAUCACCAGUAUCAAAGAUUAAGCCGUCUGAUUACAAAGUAACCAUUAUCUUCCUAUCCUAUGAAUACAUAUUCAAAGAUGAUGUCAAAUGUUUAAAGAUCACAUACAAUGAUACUGAUGUUUGGACUCACACUGAUGACCCAAACUUCUCUGAUAUCAAGUCAUUUUCACUAGGUCUACCUUCAAAUAAGUUCUUUGUCAAGAAUAGCUCUGAUCAGUCAAAGAAAGUACCAUACACUCACUCACUGAUACUCAGAGUGACUCAAAGUCAGUAUUACUCUCACAAUCUAAAUUCAUACCUAAAUACAUUAUCCUCAAUCUGGAUCUAA